AUGCAGACUUCUAUAAUAAGUGCGAGUGCAAAGAGGACGCGAACUAAUGUAAGACAGUCCAAGUUUGGCUGUCUGACCUGCAAGUAUGAACCCUUUUCUAAGAGAGAGGUAGGAUGUAAUGCUGACAUAUUAAGGAAACGAAGAGUCAAAUGUGAUGAGACAAAGCCAUCCUGUCGACGCUGCCUCUUCUCCAAGGUCUCAUGUCUUGGCUAUCCCAUUGGCGCGCCUCCGGGUCCUUCUCUGAGAGCAGCGGAAGUAGCGCUUCUCUCAUCACGCAGUCCCUCCCGUAGCCCGGCUUCUCCUUUGGAUCGCUAUGUCUAUCUAGCCUGCACUGUUCUCAGUCAAGGACCACGUCGCGCCAAGAGUGAAUCCGAGAUUGCAUUCUGGAGUUAUGCAGUUCCUCAGAUGAUUCAUUCGAUACCAGCCGUGCAAGCUGCUGCUGCUGCAUUCGGCGCUUCUUAUGACGAGCAUAUGCUUAGAUCUCAGGCGGGGCUGGCAACGACACGGCAUUAUUAUCAGGCAUUGAGACUAGUGCAAAACGAAGUUUCGGUUCUUCGAAAUGGUGCAUUGCCUUGCGUGGUGGCCUGUCUACUGAUGGCCUUUACUGAAACUCUACAGCAGCGUAGCGACAGGGGAUAUAUGCACCUUCAAGGAGCUCUUGCAGUGAUGGCGACACGGGGCAAUAGCAGUUCUAUGUUUCCGAUUGAUGACGAUGGGCUGUCGACUUUAUUUGAGAAGCUCAAUCUUCAUUCAGCAACAUACGCUACGAGUCUUGACGUCCCAUAUGCUGCUGGGUCCAACGACUCAACCUUGGUGUCAAUGUCACCGGAUCGAGCAUUAUAUCGGAUAUUACAUGUCUGCUAUCGGUUCAUCUCUACAGCCUUACCUUACAAAUACGCACAUCCUACUCAAAUUCCCUCUGAUCUGUUGAUUGAGCAAGGACGACUUCGCGGAAACUUGCAACAGUGGUUGUCAUCCAAUCAACUAGACCCUCAGCAAACGAUCUCUGAUCCUAAAAAUGAACAACUUAUCGUCCUUCGUAUGCAGUGCUACACUGCCUUGAUAUACGUUUCCAAUGCUCUUCAGCCAUUUGAAUCAGCAUAUGAUGACUACGCCCUCGAGUUUCAAGAGAUCAUCGCCUCGGCCAAAGCAGUUCUGGACAUAAGAGAUCAAGGCAAAGAUACAAACUCAUUACCCUUAUUUACACCAGAAAUGGGCAUUAUUCAGCCUCUCUUCUUCGCGACACUCAAAUACAGAAACUCCUUCUGGCGCAAACGAGCUCUCAGCCUUCUCCGAAAGGGUGGAAGGGAAGGGCCAUGGUGCGGAGCCAUUGAGGCUCAGAUCUUGGAUGUUGUCAUCGCAGCUGAGGAAAACACGCUGAACAAGCUUUCCUCAAACGUCGACGAGUCGCAACCAAGUAUGCCCUCUACAGAUUCGUUACCUACUCUUUUCACUCUUUUCGCUGGGCUUCAGCAAGUCGUUGACGCUACUCCUCGAUAUUGUCCACCUUAUGGUCCUGUUCUACCUGCGCCGAAACAAGGCAGUCAACAUCCUGCUGUUCAAUAUGCCGUUGAAGCUAUCACCACCGUUCUGAAGGGACAGACGGGAGGGUUCAACGUCUCCGCUGUUUCUAUUGGAGUCAAGUCUAUUUAUGAGGAUGAGCCAUUGCUUGACUUUCAUCACACGCCUUCUAUCAUGAACCUGAAGGAGGGUGUGAAGAAGAUUAACUCCAGUACUGUAUAUCGCCUUGGAAGUAUUUCCAAGGUCUUUACCGUAUUGGCGGCGUUGCGUCUGGCAGAGGAUGGUGUACUGAGCAUGAAUGAUCCUGUGACUCGCUGGAUUCCUGAGCUUGCUCAUCGCGAUGGCUCUCAUUUCCGUGAUGAGCUCGACGUUACUCACUGGGCUGGUAUCACCGUUGGUGAUGCUGCGGCGCAUCUCUCGGGUCUUGGUGGCGAUAACUUCCUCAACAUCUUCAAGGAUUAUCGCCCUCCUGUAUAUCAACCAAGCCAAUCACCUGUCUACUCCAACGCUGGAAUCAGUCUCGUCGGCCUUGUCGUGGAAACAGCAUCGAACAAAACAUUCGAUGCCGCUAUCAAGGAUUUAGUCUUGAAGCCUCUGGGUCUGGAGCAUACAUACACUGGUAUCGUUCCGGAGAACUCAGAAAGUAUGUUCAUUCCGGCUGGAAGCACUGAUUGGAACGCUGAUAUCGGAAUCUUUGCUCCUGCGGGCGCGAUGGGCUCUAGCACCGCUGACGUGCUUUCGUUCAUGACCAACAUACUUAAGAAUAAGGCUCUGUCGCCAUCCGGCACACGUCGAUGGCUUAAGCCGAACACUUUCACAUCAACCUGGAGCGCUUCAGUUGGAUCGCCCUGGGAGAUCUAUCGCGUCGAUAAUCUAACUUCCGACGGUCGCAUUAUCGAUCUGUACACCAAGGGCGGUGCCUUGAGUGGCUAUCAAUCCGGCAUGGCUAUGAUACCCGACACUGGCCUUGUUGUGUCUGUCCUUGGUGCGGGACCAGAAGUCUCAAGUGUUUGGGCACAGCUCGCAACUCUCAAUAUCGUCGAGGCUCUUAUUCCAGCGAUGGACAUGGCAGUUCGAGACGAAGCCCGAGUUCGGUUAGCUGGAAGUUACGUUGAUAAGAAGACGGGAUCUGCGCUUACCCUCUCUUUGGAUAAAGGACCAGGUCUGGUCUUGACUAACUGGACUGCCCGAGACUUUGACAUUCUGCCCAAUUUGAACCGCUUUCAGCCAGGACGAUACAACGACACAACCGACUCAGGCAUAAAGAGUGUUCGGCUGUAUCCCACCGGUAUGGAGAACAAAUCUCGAGCUGCAUGGAGAGCCGUAUUCCCGAUGCUCAGCGACACUGAAGCUGAGAUGAUUGAAGGUCUGACUAAGGUCAAGGAUGUGACGUGCAUUACUUGGCAUAUGCUCGACCGCUUCAUUUACAACGGGCUCUCUAUGGACCACUUCGAGUUCAAAUACGGAAAGGAUGGGAAGGCUGUUAGUAUCAAGUCCAGGGCGUUUGAUGUUGAGAUGAAGAGGGUCGAGGCGAAAGCUUAG